GCUGUGACCGCCGCUGGAUGGAGUGGACGGAUGACUGUGACAUUGAAUUAAAAAAAGAAAAAUCUCAAAAAAGAGAAAGGAUUACUGAUGUACUUUGUGAUGGAGCUGUGACGGAUAGACGAGAGUUUGCUCCAUGGAGCUGCAGGCGUGUUGGUGGUAAAUGAGGCGGUCAUGGAGAAGAGCAGCAGCUGGGGAUUACAUUUAUUCCAGCUCUUCUUCCUCGUGUUGCUCUCCGGCUACCCGUUAUGCUGUCAGGGAAGCUGGAUGUGGCUGGGCAUGACGUCUGUGGGAGUAGUUGAGAAGAAGGGCUGCUCUAAUUUGCCUCUGUCCAGUAAGCAGAAGGAUGUGUGUAAGCGGAAACCCUACUUGCUGCCCAGCAUUAAAGAUGGAGCGCGUCUGGGCAUCUCAGAGUGCCAGUCCCAGUUCAGACAUGAGCGCUGGAACUGCAGCACCAGCAAACAGCCGUCUGUGUUCGGCUACGAACUCACUAGUGGAACCAAAGAGACAGCCUUCAUCUAUGCUAUCAUGGCGGCAGGGCUGGUCCAUUCAGUCACCCGGUCCUGCAGUGCAGGAAACAUGACCGAAUGUUCGUGUGACACCACACUAACAGGCAGCGGCUCACAAACCGAAGGCUGGCACUGGGGCGGCUGCUCGGAUGACAUCGGCUACGGGAUGUGGUUCAGUCGGCGUUUUAUCGACCAUGCGACGAAGAAUGCUUCCUUGCAUGGAGACGAAGCUCUCCUCAUUAUGAACCAGCAUAACAGCGAGGCAGGGAGACAGGCUGUAGCCAAGACGAUGUGGACGGACUGCCGUUGUCACGGUGUCUCAGGCUCCUGUGCUGUGAAGACAUGCUGGAAGACAAUGGCAUCCUUUGAGCGUGUAGGCAACUACCUAAAGGACCGUUAUGAGAAUAGCAUACAGGUGCUCGACCGCACCAAGCGCAAGUUCCGUCGCAAGGAGAGGGAACAGCGACACAUGCCCGUCAGCCGGGAGGACCUCAUCUUCCUCAACAAGUCACCCAAUUAUUGUGUGGAGGACCGGCAGUUGGGCGUGGUCGGGACUCGGGGGCGCCGCUGUAACCGCACGUCUGCCGGGCCUGACGGCUGCAACCUGCUGUGCUGUGGCCGUGGAUACAACACACAUGUGGUGCGUCAUGUGGAGCGCUGCGAGUGCAAGUUUAUCUGGUGCUGCUACGUGCGGUGCCGACGCUGCGAGACCAUGAACGAUAUUCACACGUGCAAAUAGAGGGAUAAGCUGAGAACAUUGAGACAUGGAAAGGGGUGAAGAUUGACUGGGGAAAUAGAGAUGAUACAGGUUUUUCUUUCACCUCGUUCCCUAUUUCAAAGUCAUUGCAAUUUGGUGGUUUUAAAAGCUUUGUUAAUUGGUACCUUCACUUGUUUAAGUAGCUGGAUGGGGUCUCAGGAAGUUGAUGAAGUAUUGCCUGACUAUGAGACCUGAUGACUAAAGUGGCUUCGUGAUAAAGGAACAAUCUUGUCCUCUUUUCAUGAACGGAUCCCUUAUAACACGUGGCCAUAAAAACAAAGAAAGAUCAAGGACAUCAAAGCCAAGCUGACCGAGAAGGAAGAGAACAAAAAAAAAAACCACAUCCCAUUGGGAUCCCAUUUGGAUUGGAAUCUGAAGUGGGAUCCUACCUG